UCUUCGUCUUUUCUAACCUCUCGGUCACCUUUAACCUUCCCCUUUUUUCAAGUUUCGCGCAAUUUGGAUUUGUGGGUGUCUUUCGUUGAUGCGAGCGGAAUGCGAUGUAGGGUUCAGUGGUUGGAUGUUGAGGUAGCUAGUCGGUGGUGAUAAUCGUAGCCGUGUUUGCUUCGAAAUUGAGCCUGGGUUUGGAUGAUUGGAAGGUUGCUGGGGGAGUUCUAUCUUGGUUUGGUGGAGGAUUUGAACAGAGGUGGUGUGUGUGUGUGAGAGAGAGAGGGAGAGAGAGAGAGAGUGAGAGAGAGAAUUUUUGAAAGGGAGUGUGGGCUUUUUUUCAGGGUUUGAGUGACAGUGGGUUUGAGUCUGUGGUUGGAUGCUGGAUGUUUAUCUGUGAUCAUGGUGGGUGCCGAGGCAGUAUUACAGGGAGUGCAGGGUGAAGUCGAUGUGUCGGGGGUCGAGCCAGUGCCAUCGUCGUCCGCCAUUAAUGUGUUCGUUACGGGACAACCUGGGGUGGGGAAGACGUCGCUUGUCCUCAACGCAGUGAAGAAGCUGCCCAAGGAUGUAGUCGCAGGGUUUUACACGCUCGAAGCGCGAAAUCCCAAGACGGGAGAGAAGAUAGGUCUGGACGUGGAGACUUUCACCGGCGAGAGGGCGCCUCUGUCGAGAUUACGUCGGGGAUGCGGUCCGAAGGUGGGCAAAUACUAUUUCGCAUUGGAGGCAUUUGAGCGGACUGUGCUGCCAUUGCUGACUCCUAGCAAGGCAAUUAAGCUGCAUGUGGUGGAUGAAGUGGGACGGAUGGAGCUGCAGAGCGAUCAGUUCAAGGAAUCCUUGAUGGGGUUGCUGGCUUCUCCCCAGGUGGCUGUCUUUGGCUCCCUUCCAGCUUGUAGGUUUGGCCAUGAUCUCCCCUUCGUGGAGGCUAUCAAGCGGCGUCCGGACACUGCCAUCCUGACGCUCACGAAAUCCAACCGUGACGCGACAGCGUUGCAGGUCGAGGAUUUGUUGAAGGACAUUGUUGGGUCCACCACCAGCGCCGCUGCAGAGUCAAGUUUGGACUUACAAACGGGCAGCACUGGGUCCUCGAAUUCCUUGCGAAAAUUCAUUUCUGCAAACAUCUUGCCGUCUUCCGACGCUUUUGGGUAUCAUCUAGAAAGCGAGGAGCCGGCCGAGAAAAGAAGGAAAUUGACUCCGGAUCAAUUGCUUCUGUGAUGGAUUGAUCAUUGCCACCUGCUGCAGACGAUUCUACUUCUUUUAUGUCGUCCGAGUUUUAAAUCAUCUCUAUGGAGCGAGUGACAACCUGUUAGUGCUGGUUUUAUUGUGAUUGACGGAUCUGGCCUAGCGGACAUGGAGAGUGUUUUAGCCGCAGACGUUAAACCAUGCAAGUGUUAAGAUCCGCCCCAUCUACCAACACUUUCGUGUACAGGUCCUUCAUUAGCGUAGACAUUUUGUGGACCGGAAAGGAUGAUGAAAUCGAUAGAGCUAAAAUAUGUGUUAGAGAAUGAAUAUUGAUAAGGACGUAGUGAUCCAUUUUGAGAAUGAAUAUAGAUAGGGGCAUAUUGUGUCCAUCCUGUCGUUGCAGGCCCGUGGUUGUAAUUUGUUAACACCAUCUUGGUGUGGUUACAGACAUCAUGGCAGGGAGUCUCUUGAGAAGACACGCAAGGGGUCCAUGUCCUCGUGAUACCUUUCAUGUCCAGGCUCACACGCACCAUACGCUACGGAUUUUCAUAUUCAUUUUUGAGAAAUCUCAUGUACCCUUAACAGGGAAAACUUGUACACAAUGUCCUGAAUUUCUAGCCUAACCAAUUUUCUUCCA